GUGAAAUGUGCUCAGCAAGCCAGUCGAUAUAUCAAACAAACGAGAGAGUACAUCGACCUGCAUCGAAGGAAAACACAAUCGAGUCUAUCGAAACGCGAUGAGCCCGAAGGUACAUCGGCCAACUGCUUAUCAGAUUUGUGUGAAGAUACUGAAAGCGCAGCACCUGCCGCAAAAUGCGAACCCAAUGGUUGUGGUCAAAGUCGGCAAUCGGAGAAAGAAGACUGCGGUUCGCGAAAGAACCGAUUCACCAAUUUAUAACGAAUACUUCGUAUUCGACUUGUUAUGCAACGAAGAAGAACUGCUCAGUACUAAAAUCAUGAUAGCCGUGUAUUUGAAGAGCUAUCUACGUUUUAAAUUUCACGGAAGCAGUAGUUUCGAAAUUGCUUUAGUAUGGGAUCAACCAGAUCGUCAAUAUCACCACAAAUGGGCGAUGCUAAUGAAUCAUAAGGACCUCACCGCAGGGCCGAAAGGUUACGUCAAAUGUAACAUCGGGAUCAACGUGAAAGGAGAGAAGAUGAAAGUGCACCCUGAAACCGAGGGUGAGGAUGACAUCGAAGGGAACCUCUUGUUACCCGUCGGAGAGUUCCUACCCUUCAGGCAACGUGCGCGUUACAUUUUUGCGAUCUACAGGGCGGACGGUUUGCCGGACAUGAGCAGUCUUUGCACGAAGAAUGAUUUCGAAAAUAUCAACCCGUUCGUGCAAAUAUCGUUCGCCGGUAUGAAGAGGAGCUUGUGGAGGACGGAAGAGUACUACUUGGUCGCGGUACUGUACGACAUAAGUAUGAUCGAUCGGAAAAGGUUUUGGACGAAAUCCAUAUGCUUCGAGAUCAGCCUUGGUAAUGCCGGGAACAGACAAUACGCUCGCAGCCAGGUCUACGAGGACGGUGAGGACCGAAUGCCGGACCGUAGACCGGAAUUCGAGAGCCAGACCGUGCCACGAUUGACCGGGACGUUGGACGGCAAAUAUAAUUACGUUCCACUUGGAUCGAGAAAACCGUGCCUCUACGUUAGAUCUUCGUGGCCGAAUCUCGAGUGGAGAAUACACAACAGCAACAACCUGGCUUACAUCGCUAAUUUCCUUGAGGAGAAGUUGGACAAACUGGAAGGCAUGAUCGCGUUGGAACAUCCGGACGCUUACAAAUUCUACAACGAGACGAUUCGUGCAACGAAGAGUCACUGCAUCCGGUAUUUGCAUACGCUAGAUACGGGCAGAUACGACGACGAGGGUGGCACCACGAAGCUCGAUCGGCAUCGCGUGAACCUCUGCCGUAAAGAGAUCGAGAACAUACUGAAGAGGAUCAAGAUCAACGGAGAACUUCCGAACAAUCAUUACACGAGGAUCGCGAUGGUGCACGCGUACCAGUACUUGGCCCGAGUGAACAAGUUACGGGAAGACCCCCAGCACAGUCUCCCGCACGUUUUCAUUUGGAUGAUAGCCGGCUCGAAGCGAGUGGCCUACAAGCGAUUCCCGGCCGAACGGAUCUUUUACUCUGAAGCGCUCACGGAGCGGGGACCACUGUGCGGCACGAAGAUGGACGUAUUCCUUAGGAACGCCAGAGACGACGAGGACGCCGAUUACAUCGCGUGUAAAUUAGAAAUGUUUCUAUGGCUGGGCAACGCCGAGUACGUGAAUGCCUGUUGGUCCUCGAUACCACCCGGUUACAACGUGGAUCAUCACGAGAACGUGGACUCGUUCCCGAAAUAUUUCGAGUACACUCGUUCCGCGCCGUUCCAAUUGCGUGCUCACAUAUUCCAAGGUCGCUUUGAUCCCGGCAUGGAUGCAUCCGGUUUAUUGGAUCCGUUUGUACGCGUCGCAUUUCACGGUUACACAGCUUCAACCAGAGUUCUUAAGCAAACGCUAGACCCGUUUUGGGAUCAAACUUUGGUACUGUCGCCGAGGACCUUGCACGGAACGAAGGGUUACAUCAAAUCGAAUCCGCCCAAUGUAGUUGUAGAGGUGUUUGAUCUAGAUAUAUGUGGUAUAAAGGAGUUCUGCGGAAGAUGCACGGCCAUGCCAUUAGUUAAACUAGCAGAGGAAACUUACUCGCCACCUGAUUUCCCACCGAAACUUGAGUGGUACAAAUUUAAAUCGCAAAGGGAGAACUGGCUCGGCUCGUUGCUCGCCGCGUUCGAGCUUAUAGAGACAAAGCCCGAUAAAUCCGUCGACAGGCCGACAGUUUAUGCGACGACGGAGGACAUCAUUUACAACAUCCCGGAAGACAUCAGGCCAAGAAUGACGAGUUACAGGCUCGAAGUUAUAUUUUGGGGCGUGAGGGAUAUGAAGAAGAUUUAUUACAUGCCGGUGUUAAACCCACGAAUCGUCGUCAAGUGCGCCGGGGUCCACGUGAAGUCUGAAGUGAUGGAGAACGCUAAGAAAUUCAGUAACUACAAGAAGCCUCACGUUAUCGUCGAUCUGGACAUGCCGGAACUCGAUAUCUAUUACCCGUCUGUCACCAUAACGGCGCACGACUCGCGAGGAUUCGGUUGCUUCAAAUAUGCCGGGAUUUACAUCAUACCGAGCAUGAACGUCUUUCUGGAGCAAUUAAUAACAGAGGAGGAGUACAAUGCCCAAAUACACGAGAGCAGAUGUAUACUAAAACCGCCGUGGGGUAAAAAACAACCAAUUACCAUUCUACCGCUGCCGAUCGAUUACGAUCCGUCAAAAGAGGAGGAGAACAAGGAACUGAUUCCUUACAAAAAGAUGGACGGGAAAAUCUCGUGGAUGAAAAAGAUUUUAGGGUCUUUGAAGAGAUUUCUUUCGCGUCUGUUUUCGGGCAAAAGGAAGAAGAAAACUAUCGAGAAGGCGGAUCAGGAGGACGAGUCGGGCGACUGGUGGACCAAAUAUUUCGCAUCCCUAGAGGGACGUAUUUGUGUGUAUCGCUGGCCGCAUCCAAGCAAGCAGCCCUGCAAAACGAGAAGCGGGAGAAACGCGGCUAACGGUCUAUGCGACGAUUAUCCGAGUACGGAGCCUGUCAAGCUUCUGGUCAGGCUGUACAUUGUGAAAGGCAUCAACUUGCAGCCUAGCGAUCCCCUAAGUGGAAAGUCUGACCCGUAUCUAUGCGUUCAGAUCGGCAAAACGUACAUCAAUGACAACAAGAACUAUAUACCCAAUCAGCUGAAUCCCACAUUCGGCCGGUACGACUUUAAUUUCAUCUGAACUGUCGCAUUAUGAUUCUUUCAUCCGUUUCAUCCUGGAAAUUCUCUUUUCAAGGAAACUCAUCUCUUUCCCUAUUUGAACAGAGUGAAUUAUCUACGAAUCUCUCUCUUUUUUACUACUUUUGGAUUACUUUACAGACUGUUCGAAAUAGAUGCGACAUUCCCUCAAGAUUAUAUGAUAGUUGUGCAAGUGUGGGAUUACGAUGCUACCUCGGGUGAUGAUUUAAUAGGAGAGACGAAAAUCGAUUUGGAAAAUCGAUUUUAUAGCAGACACCGUGCUACUUGCGGCAUAGCGAGGGAAUAUCAAACGGAGGGAUAUAAUAAAUGGAGGGAUCGCGAGACGCCAAAGCUGAUACUCGAACAGCUCUGCAAGAAGAAUCAUCUCCCUCCGCCAGAGUAUGGAAAGGAAUAUGUAAAGAUCGGAAAAAAGAGGUUCUUGCUCGAUGACAAGCUCGUCGAAACUACUGACAGAGAAGAACGAAUGGCUUUAGGUGUGCUUCAUCAAUGGCAAGAUUUCCCCAUUUGCGGUUGUGCUCUGGUGCCCGAACAUGUCGAAAGACGGCCCCUUUUUAACACCGAGAGACCCGGUUUAGAGCAGGGUCAACUGGAACUUUGGGUUGACAUGUUCCAAUACAGUGAGCUGCCUCCGAAAUCGGCAGUGAACAUCGCUCCGCCCGUACCGGAAGAAUACGAAAUUCGCGUGAUAGUCUGGAAUACCGAAGCAGUGCCUCUCGUCGACAGUCAAUUCCUCACGGGAGAAAAAUGCUCCGAUAUUUACGUAAAAGGUUGGAUUCAUUACGACGACUACCAGAAGACUGACGUUCACUACAAUUCUCUGACCGGCGAAGGAAAUUUUAAUUGGAGGUUCGUGUUCCGCGUGAUAUAUUCGAAAGGUGAACGUGUCAUGAUCGUGCGAAAAAAAUUGUCCGUGUUCGCUGUGAGCGAGACCGAAGAGAAAUACCCCUGUAGAUUGCACCUGCAAGUUUGGGACAAUGAUCAUUUCUCUCCCGACGACUUCCUCGGAGCAUUGACCUUAGAACUGUCUAAAAUGCCUCGGGGAAGUGCAAAUUCGAAAACUUGUACUCUGAAACUACUCGACCCGAGUUUGCCAACUAUAGACUUGUUCAAAGUAACGAGGAUUAGAGCGUGGUGGCCGUUCAACCGAAGCAAGAAUAGUGGACAAUACAUCCAAGCAGGGAAAGUCGAACUGGAAAUGUCGAUAUUACGAGCUGAGGAGGCCGACGAACAACCAGCGGGCAAAGGAAGGGAUCCGCCACAAAAUCUGCCCCCGCCAAACCGACCCGACACCUCGUUUUCUUGGUUUCGCAACCCGUGGAAGGCAUUUCGCUACGUGGUCUGCCGUUAUUACAAAUGGAGGAUAAUUUGCUGCUUCGUCUGCAUACUCGUGGUACUGCUGGCUGGCUGCGCGAUCUACGCUUUCCCUGGCUACUUCGUCAAACGUCUUCUCGGUGCUUGAAAGAAUCGGACCAAGUAAUCGAGUUUUACCAACAUACGGCACGAUACGAAGACCGUUUCGGUUGUAAAUUAGGAAUUGGGUCGUAGGACGGAUGAAUUAUCGAUUUCGACCACUUCACGACAACGGCAGCCGGUAUUUCGGCGCUGUUAAUUAUGGGAUAACACAAUGACCUGGUGAACGGGCAUUUUACUAAUUGACAACUCGUUGUUUAUUGCCAAGUCCGAAUCAACGAUCUAAUCGCUCGAA